GUAGUGCUCGAGCGAGUGCGAGACAUUGUACAAAGACACGAUAGUGUGAAAGUGAACACUGCAUUUAACGGCGAAUUUGUGACGGGCGAUAAACGCGCGAACAAAAAUAUAAACACUAAAAAUAGUGAACUCUUUCGAGUGUCAAAUUUGGACGAGUGGUACGAGCAGUACGUUAUCGAACCCACGUUGGCGUCGCUCGAAGAAUUCCAAGAAUGCGACAGUGGAUGGGCGUUGUCGCGAAUUCUAAAUUUGACUAUAAACGUGAACAAAUAUAAUCCAAUGCACGCGGGAUGUUACAUCGAAUUACCGCGGGAAAUUAUGUUAAAGCGAGCGGUGAUCAAUGUACGAUCCAAUGACAAUGCGUGUUUCGCGUGGUCGGUGAUCGCGGCUCUGCAUCCGGCUGAAAGGAAUACAAAUCGGGAAUUGUCGUACCCGCAUUAUACGACAGUGUUAAAUUUGCAAAACAUUACGUUUCCGAUGACGUUGAACCAAAUUAAGAAGUUCGAACAUCUCAAUGACAUCUCAAUUAACGUCUACGGUAUCAAGGAAAAGGAGAUUCUCCCGAUACGGCUGACAUCAAGGAAGAUGGAGAAGCACGCAAAUCUAUUGUACGUGCAGGAUCCGCGUGACGACAACGCGGGGCACUUUGCGUACAUCAAAGAUCUGUCCCGUCUU